AUGAAGCUUCCAGUGCUGUUGUUCGGCCUCGUCUGUUACGCCGUGGCCAGCGAAUCACCCGGAUUUUUCAUCAAACUCUCCAAGAGUGUGCCGCGCAUCGGACGACGUGGCGAUUUGGAAAACUUCUUCCUCAAACAAUCGAAAAGCGUUCCCAGGAUUGGGCGUCGCGCAGGAGGAUACUACCUCCCACGUGAAGGAGCAACACCGGAACCGGAAGGAAGCGCUUCGAACUGGUUCGAGCGGUACAUGAAAACGGUGAAACGAGUUGCGCCGGAGGAAGCUGGCAAGUCGUACAAGAAGAUCCGACCACUCGAUCUGAAUCACAUCAUCGAUAUUCUUUCGGACGAUCUGUUCUUCGGGUCCGACCUAAAAUUCAUCUCCUGGGAGGUGUUGGACGAGGCCCUCGAGGAAGACCCGGAACUGUUGCAGAAGCUGGGCUCACUAGCUCGGGACAAAGAGGUGCAGCAGCUGAAGAAAAUGCUCGGUGAGCACGGCGAUGAGCAGAUACAGUAUGUCCCCAUUGAUCGCAACGAGAUCAAUGCGGCCAGCAGCAGGGCGUACAUGUACAGAUUGGACCGCGCGACCGAUCCGACCAAGGAGCGUCUCGAGUACCAGCAGUGA